AUGGAAUUCAGCAUCACCCUCGCCCUCCAUUUUCUCUUGACCAAAACCAGGUCCAAUCUCUCACCGACAACCUCAUUUUCUUACAAGAGUUUCUUGAGCAGGGAUAUCCUUGUGUUGGCAUCAGCAAUUGAUGUUUUUGAAAGUCGAAUUGCAGAAGCAGCUCAUGCAGCCGAAGAUAUAAUCGAAACCCAUGUUGUUGAUCAAAUUCUUACUGAAUCGACUGCUCAAGCGUCGAAAGAUAUAACCGAAACCUGGGAUUUUGUCGAAAGAUAUAACCGAAAAACGAAGAAUACUAGAAGGCAAGAUCGUCUGCCCAGGAUUUUGUCCACUUUUUGUGGUGCUGGUUCAUCAAGAUCUCCGUCAAUGAGCCAGAAAGUCGUAGCUGGUUUAGAUGUCGUGGAAAAAAUCAGUUCCGUCGACUUGUACCGAGAUCUCGAUAAGGUGAUCCAAGACAUGGGUUUAAUCAAGAAAGAUGUGAUGGAGAUUAAAGAGAAGAAUAUUGGAAUAAUCGAACAUCAUCUGCACAUAAAUUCUUCAACUCUUGCUGGUGCUGCCUCAUCAAGGUCUCAUUUAAAAACGAAGCAGGAAACCAUGGUUGGUUUUGAUGAGCUCUUAAUUGAAGUAAUGGAUAAGCUCAUUGGACAACACUCUAAUCUCUGCAUAAUCCCGAUUGUUGGAAUGGGCGGCAUUGGUAAGACUACUCUUGCUAGAAAUGCCUACGUUAAGUUUAUGAAGCACUUUGAUAUUCGAGCUUGGGUUACAGUAUCUCAAAACUACAAUGUGCGAGAAAUUCUUAUAGAAAUUCUUCUUUGUAUAAACAAAGUUGACAGCCGAGAAACCUUGAGUGCGAAGAAUGAGGGUGAAUUAGGUGUAAAAGUACACCAAAGUUUAUGGGGAAGGAGAUAUUUGAUUGUAAUGGAUGAUAUUUGGAGUGUUGAGGUAUGGGAUAAAGUGAAUCUCUUCUUUCCAGACAAUGGUGAAAGAAGCAGAAUAAUGAUAACCACUAGGCUGUCAGACGUUGCUUCGAUUGGCUCUCAUGGCGUUGUGAUGGAUUUCUUAAAUGAGCAUAAAAGUUGGAAUCUACUUUGCAAAUCUAUAUUAGAAGAAGAAGAAGACUGCCCUCCUGAAUUGGAGGAAAUAGGAAAGAAGAUUGCCAAAAAUUGCGAAGGACUUCCUUUAUCAAUAGUUACGAUGAACGUUGCUUAA